UUUAGUAUACAAAAGACAACAUUUCUAGCCUUAUUCUAUUUUACACUUUACUUACCCUUUAAAUGUAUAUUAUCAGGGUUUAUGCAGGUGUGUUGCCCUUUAAAAGCCAAGUGCUGACUGUCAAUAUUUAUUGCUCCUUCCUUCCAGGUCCUGCAGGGGCUCGUUGACGUGCGCAUUCCCCAUAAUGAAUUUUACAGACAAUUGUUUAUGGCUCUUGUCAAUGAGAAGUCGAGACACAGUUUGCAGGAAAACAUGAACAAAAUUGUGGCUCCCACUCAGAUAAUCUGGGGCAAACAAGAACAGGUUCUGGAUGUAUCUGGGGCUGAGGUUUUGGCCGGUUCUAUCCGCGGGUGCCAAGUAGAGAUUCUGGAGAACUGCGGCCACUCAGUAGUGAUGGAAAGGCCCAGGAAAAGCGCCAAACUCAUGACGGACUUCUUGUCUUCACUUCAGAGCACAGAGAACAACAAGAAACACGAAUAAUAUUUCUGGUCCUUCUCUCCCGUCGCGUUGAGUCUCUCAGGGAUCCGGCAGAACCACUAGGAAUAGAAUGUAGUUCCUGGGCCGAGACCCAACAAUGACUUUGUUCUGUGCCGCAGAUAAGGGUGACCAAUGGCAC